AUGGCGUCCGGAGAGCCCCUGCACGUGAAGACACCCAUCCGGGACAGCAUGGCCCUGUCCAAAGUGGCCGGCACCAGCGUCUAUCUCAAGAUGGACAGUGCCCAACCCUCUGGCUCCUUCAAGAUCCGGGGCAUCGGGCACCUCUGCAAGACGUGGGCUGAGCAAGGCUGUGAGCAUUUUGUGUGCUCCUCUGCGGGCAAUGCAGGCAUGGCGGCCGCAUAUGCGGCCAGGAAGCUGGGCAUCCCGGCCACCAUCGUCGUGCCCAGCACCACACCGGCUCUCACUGUGGAGCGGCUCAAGGGGGAAGGCGCCAUGGUGGAGGUGGUGGGCGAGACGCUGGGCGAGGCCUUCGAGAUGGCCAAGGCACUGGCCAAGAACAACCCCGGCUGGGUCUACGUCCCCCCCUUCGAUGACCCCCUCAUCUGGGAAGGCCACACCUCCCUCAUCAGAGAGCUGAAGGAAAGCCUGGGCACCAAGCCGGGUGCCAUCGCGCUGUCCGUGGGCGGCGGGGGCCUGCUGUGCGGAGUGGUCCAGGGGCUGCAGGAGGUGGGCUGGGGGGACGUGCCCGUCAUCGCCAUGGAGACCAUCGGUGCCCACAGCUUCCAUGCUGCCACCACCGCGGGCAAGCUGGUCUCCCUGCCCAGGAUCACCAGCGUUGCCAAGGCUCUGGGUGUGAACACGGUGAGCGCGCAGGCCCUGAAGCUGUUUCGGGAGCACCCCAUCUUCUCUGAAGUGGUCUCGGACCAGGAGGCUGUGGCCGCCAUCGAGAAGUUUGUGGAUGACGAGAAGAUCCUGGUGGAACCGGCCUGCGGGGCGGCCCUGGCUGCCGUCUACAGCCACGUGGUCAAGAAACUGCAGGGGGAGGGGAAGCUGCGCGCCCCGCUGCCCAACCUGGUGGUCAUCGUCUGUGGGGGCAGCAACAUCAGCCUGGCCCAGCUGUGGUCCCUCAAGGAACAGCUGGGCAUGAAGAAUGGCCUACCAAAGUGA